UGGCUUGCACGUGACGUCACAUCCGCUCGCGCCGCAGCGUCAACGCCAUGCUGGAGCACCGCGCGCGCGGCAUUUCUUCUUUUCGCUUGUGGUUCCUGUGGUGACCGGUCGUGUGCACUGUUCAGCUGCUGUCUCACUGUGUCGGAUGUCAACACUUCCCGCGAGAAAUGCCGCCCGUUUACAGUAAACCUGCGUUUAACGAGGCAUAUUACGCCGGACUGAUCGGUUCGGCGCGUGAGCGAUACCAAGAAAAAGUAAAGCUGUGCGACGAUGUGGACCCCUACACUUUGCGGCCGGGUGCUGAUACGACGAUGGACGUCAACGCUUUCCCCGAGGUCUCGCACGGAGAUAUUGUCAACUACCUGGUUUUCUCUUCAAAUUUCACGACUCUGGAGGAAAUGAAGGCUUACAAAUCGCUUGAAUCCCACAACUAUUUCACAAGCGGUUGGGUGAAAACUCUGUCGGCGAAGCGGCUGCAAGGCGAAAAAGUGCUCCUACUAGGAGAGGUGAACCACUCGCAACGACUGGGCGAACGUCCACUGAAAGUAUGGAUCCUUUGCAAAGACGGUGGUGCCGUGCUGACUGCGCACUGCACCUGUAUGGCUGGUGUGGGAGAAGCCUGCUCACAUGUCGGUGCCUGUUUGUUUGCUGUCGACACAGGUGUAAGGAUGAGGAACUCUGUUAGCUGCACUCAAAAAGACAACAUUUGGCUCCCUACCUAUGUGGAAAAGGCUCAAUUCAAAAGAUUGAAAGAAAUCAAUUUUGCAUCUGCCAAAGGGAAAAAACGACAGCUUGAUGAUAGGAUUGAGGGCACUCCUACAAACAAGAAAGCGACAGCACCCAGAAUUGAUGUGCCACCAGUUUCACUAGCAGAGAUGGAAGACCUGCACAGUAUAUGCAAGAGAACUGGUGCUGUUCUAGCAUUUUUUUCCAUGCUGUCUCACCAUUCUGCUGCCUUCAAGGAACCAGUGCCCAAACAGCAAGUACACCUUCGAGAUUUGUACACAGAUGAUGCUUUGCCAGAUGGACUCGACACUCUCAUUGACAAGGCCAACAAAUUUAUGAGCACAUUUCACGUCACUGAUGAAGCAGUGAAGUUCAUUGAAGCAAAAACAAAAAACCAGAGCAAUUCACCAGACUGGCACCUUUACCGAGCGGGUAGAGUGACAGCCUCUGUUAUGAAAACAGUCUGCCGAACAGCCAUAGAUAAUCCUAGCCUAUCAUUACUGAAAUCAAUAUGUUACCCAGAAAAAUCUAUGCUAAAGACUCCUGCCAUGGCAUGGGGUUUAGAACAUGAACGAGAUGCGCUGAAGACAUAUGAAGAUCAUCAGAAGAAGAAGCACAAAGAUUUCAAGUGCUUCAGGUCUGGACUUCACUUAAGUGAAUCAUAUCCAUUUGCCGGAGCAACACCAGACGCUCUGAUUUCAUGCUCGUGCUGUGGGAGAGGUGUAGCCGAAGUGAAAUGCCCCUAUUUGCUGCGUGAUGCCUCCUCAUUCACCGAGGCUAGGUCGUGUUUGAUGGACAUCAAUGGAGUUCUGCAGCUUCCUAAGCAGCAUGAGUAUUUUUACCAAGUGCAAGCCCAGAUGACAAUAUGUAAGGUUAGCUAUUGUGAUUUCAUUGUUUGGGCUCCAGGCCUUUUUCAUGUGCACAGAAUUAGAAGAGACAAAGAGUUCUGCGACCUGAUGUUUGCAAAUGCAAAGGAAUUUUUCAUCAGAGCAAUUCUUCCCGAGCUCUUCAGCAAGUUCUUCACGCGAAAGCAGGGAGCCCCACAAAAGGAACUGCCACCAGCAGAAGUUUACUGCUUCUGUCAAGGACCAGAGACGGGGAAAAUGAUUGCAUGCGACAACCCGUCAUGCACAUUUAAAUGGUUUCAUUUCUCAUGUGUGGGGAUCACACGGGCACCAAAGGCAAAGAAGUGGCAUUGUCCACUAUGCAAGCAAAAUAAAGAAAACUAGUUCACUUGAAAUUCAUGCUGUAUUGUUUUGGACAAGUUCCUUGAAUGAACAGUAAUCAAUUCAAUUAUGGUUUAGGUACCAACCAAUUCAAUGAGUAAAUAAACAAACGUACAACCUACAA